AUGGUAGGUCUCCUAAAACUAACAUAUUCUACAAAUGAUUUCAAAAAACAACCUACUUCUAUAAAAACUCCGAAAACCCUACAUUUGUUGAUUCCCCUACAUGUGGUGGACAUUCGGACCGGUGAGACAUGGACCGACACCGGAGUGGUACCGGUUUUAUGUAGAAUGUUCGGCUUUAGGUUCUUGGAUCGGCUAUGUUUCGGUUCCUUUUUUUUAGCCAGGUGGGUUUGGCGGUUUUGUGGGUAUUGGACCGGUUUGGACCGAAAAUUGAAGAAUCCUGAUAUGCUUCAAGAUGUCUGUGCUGCAGAUUUUACCUAUGGCGACGCAAUAAAACUGAAUGGAUUCCUAUGCAAAAAACAUGCAUCAUCUGAUGAUUUCUUCUUUUCCGGGUUAGCAUAUCCAAGAUCAACCGACAACACAUUUGGAGCAACACCGACUCUAAUCACUGUCCUAAACAUCACCGGCCUGAAUACCUUGGGGAUGGCGGUAUCACGUAUUGACUUUGCUCCGGGAGGCCUGAAUCCACCGCACCUCCACCCACGAGCCAGUGAGAUAUUUUUUGUAAUAGAUGGUGAACUGGAAGUCGCAUUCAUAACAACAGAAAACAAACUUUACUCUAAGUUAAUCAAGAGUGGUGAACUAUUCGUACUCCCUAAAGGGUUGAUUCAUUUCCAGAUAAACAAAGGGAAUGAUAGUGCUGUAGCCAUAGCUGCCUUCAACAGCCAGUUUCCAGGUAUCCAAAGGGUGCCAAAUGCUUUGUUUGGAUCAUAUCCCGAUGUGCCAAAUGAUGUGUUGGCUAAAACAUUCGGGAUUGGAAUCAAUCAAGUGAAGAAAAUUAAGUCAUGGCUUAAUUCCUAAAAACUAAAAUUACUAGUGCAUGCGUAAAUGUGUGUUGAGUUAUGGGAUCUUAAGUAUUUCUAUGUGUUGUUUGGUUAUUCA